AUGCUUCCCUUAUGGUUGAUCAUUCUUAUACCCGCCCUCGGUGUUCUUAUCCUCGCUUUCCUCACUUUGCUACUCUACAUUUUAACUCGCCGUCGUCGUCGUCACCGCCGUCGCACCCAUCAUACUUCCCCCAUCCUCCCCACCCGAUCCGUAUCCCCAAACUACCAGCUCAACCCCCUUCGCCUCUCGACGCAUUCGAUACUCCCGUCUCUCCCUUACCUCUCCCAAACCGAGGCCGAAGAAACAGAAAGGGGAAGGAGAUCCUUUGAGUCGACCGUGCCAGUUCCGCCGCCGAGGUCUCAUUCAAAGAGCGCGAGGAUGCGUCGGAUUGCGGAGACUGAGAUGAUUGAUAGUGCUAGUGAGGGGCUUAAUGAAUGGGAAGCAGCUGGAUUGGAAGGUGGAAGAGAUGAGGAAGGAGGUAGAGAGGAUGAGCCAGUAACAUGGCAUGAUCUUUAUGCAGAGGAAUGGAUAUCCGUCAAAAGUUUGCCGAGCAUCCGAAGAAUAAGGAGGGCUGGUACACUACCCACUAGGGGAUCAAGGAAUAGGUCACAAAAUCUAACGAGGUCGAUAUCUGCUCCACCGAUGUACAGGAGGAAGUGGACCGCCAAGGACAAGCUUUCUGUUCUGUGCGCCGAGUUACAACGAGUCAGUGCAAUUGGGUUUGGACAGGAUUGA